AUGUCAGACCUCCUUCUUGAUGUCCAAAGUUUAGUGAGCCUUUUGCAAGCCACUGCACCCGUUAACGAGCCAAAGAAUCCGAAUGUUCGUUUUGUUGAAGGCGUUAAGCUCAAAGAGUAUAUAUCCAAGUCUUACAGAGGCGGUAUAUUGAGCUUCAACAAAGAGACGCAACGCAUGCUACGUUUGGAAGAGAGCAAAGGUCUAUUACCCUCGAGGGUAAGCGCGGAGGAUGUUGAUGCUCUUAUUCGAGGAUUGAACAACAAUACCCUAAAUGAACAGGAGGGUUAUCCGAUUGGAACGGUAAUCCAGAUAGUGACACGAUUGUUGGUGUAUUCGCUGCAAUUUCGAAGAUGUAUGUCUUCCACACCAGACGAUCGCCUCACUUCAGCCGUCGUUGCUAUAUCCGAUUACAAAAACGCUCAGUUGGACCUUUCAAAUCCUUUCACAACUUUGGAUUGGAGAGUUUUAACAAACGAAUUUUUGGAAAGAGCUCAAAAUGUGUUACAAUUAACUGUGAACCCUUACAACAAUCCGACGGACGACCUGAAAGCUAUUCUUAUAGGAGCUGCUCCCUUUCUAGUUACUGGUGGUGCGAUACAACCAUUGGACACUGAAAUCACCUACGUGGAAAAUCUUUAUCGUCAAGUGGCCGGACAACACAAAUCCUUUAAUCAAGCCAGCCACAGAGAUUCGAGCUUUAUGAAAUUUGGGUUUAAGGAGUAUGUACGCCAUAAAAUUCCAUUGAAGCGGGUCAUUAAUGGGGCGUACUGUUGCUACAUGGAUCCUUUGGGGAAGACCUAUUACUAUACAACCCUUACUCUCGAUCCAUUUUAUUUCAAGGUCCUAAAAAACCUUAUCAUCUACGAAAUCACCUCCGGAAAAGCUGCAUAUAUUCAUACGGCCUUAUAUUUAUACUUGAGUAUGUGCACAUGUGAAGAGGAUUUCAAAUUAAUGCUUGAAUACGGUGUCAUCCAGUGGAAUUUCCCAAUGGAAGGUUAUACACACUUUUGCGAGAUGAUGAAAGAGCUGUUGGAUGUUAUGUAUUGUUGGAAAUUUUUGAACACCUUGACAUGGCACACAGAGAUGGUCAAGAUAGCCCAUUGGAAGGAUAAGAAAAACGACACGUCCAAUUGGAAUGACUUUGCAGUGAGCUGUUAUUCCAGUGGAUUAUUGAAGAAAGAGUUGGAUAGUGUUGUAUUUAGGAGCCUCGCUAACUAA